AUGUCACCUGCAAAAAGUGGGUUCGCCCUCGUGACUCCGGCUUCGAAAGGACUGGGAUUCGCCUUUGCGCGACAGCUGCUGUCCAACACGGACCUCCCCGUUCUUGCGACUGCGCGGAGAGAUACUGGACAACUCCGGAAAGUCUUACUGGAGCAAGUCAAUGAUGAGACUGGAAAGGCGGAUGAGAGGCUACGAGUCUUUGAAGUUGACGUGACUGAUGAGGCAACCAUACACGCCAUGGCUGCACAGAUACGAGAAGAAUUUCCACAGACUCCCCUGCGUAUUGCAAUCACCGUACCUGGCGUUCUGCAUGUGGAGAAGUCGCCGACGCAGAUUGAUGCUGCCAAUGCUCUGCACAGCUUCCAAGUCAAUGCUCUUGGUCCUAUGCUUCUGAUGAAGCACUUGGCACCUUUUUUGCCAACGAAGUCAUCUGCAACCUUUGCGGACGUAUCUCUGUCGGCCCAUGUACAACGGCCGUGGAAGCUUCCAUCGCAUGCGAUCUACGCGAUGAUGGCCGCACGAGUUGGGUCCAUAUCGGACAAUUCAACUGGGGGCUGGUAUUCAUACCGUGCUAGCAAAGCAUCCGUCUUUCAGCUGACCAAAACUUUCGAUCUGUACCUACGGUCACGGAGUAGAGACCGAGCGUUGGCGGUGGCGUUGCAUCCCGGGACAGUCCAGACUGAUUUCACGAAAGAUUACUGGGAUGGCAGACACAUGUUGCAGCCAGAAGAAUCUGCGGUGAAGCUAUUACAGCAUCUCUGUGGUAUGCAGACCGGUGACUCCGACGGGCGGGGCCGCUGUUGGGAUUGGAAGGGAGAGGAGGUUCUGCCUUGA